AUGCCCAUACUGUCCUGGCCCGAGGCGGCUCGAGAGCGCGACCUGCAGCGAUACUACCGCCCAUGGCUCGACGCGCAGAGCCUCGUCGACAGCUCCGUUGGCAUCGGGGAGACGGGCCUUGCCCGCGCUGGCUACCAACCCAAGGCCUCGCGCGACAAGAGCCUGACGGCCUUUGCCCAGCUCGCCGCCUUCCGCCUCGACGUGCGCCGCUGCAUGGUGUCGCUGAUCGACUCGAACCGCCAGUACAUCCUCGCCGAAGCCACCAAGACGGUCUCGCUCUUCGCCCCGCAGGCUGAACACCCCGACGACGAUGUCUGGCUGGGCAACGCUGUCCUGAACAAGACCGACGCCGUCUGCUACCACACCUUCGCCUCGACCUACACCGCCAAGGAAGAGAACGGCGACACCACCACGGCCGAGUGCUUGGUGAUCCCGGACUGCCGGUUGGAUCCUCGCUUCGCCGACCGUGAUUAUGUGAAGAGCGAACCAGGGGUUCGAUUCUACUGCGGCGUACCCAUUAUAACACGCGCCGGACACCGCAUUGGUGUCUACGCCGUCUCCGAUGAACGCCCCCGCGAUGGCAUCAGCGCCGCAGAUAUGCGAUUCAUGCAGGAUGUCGCCGCCGCCGUCAUGGAGCACCUCGAGCUCGCAAAGGACAGCGACGACCGCAUCAAGGGCGAGCGCAUGGUGCGCGGAUUGCAGCAGUUCAUCGAGCGCUCCUCGGUCGCCGACAUGCGCGACGAAGCCGGGCCCAGAUUGUCCACCAUGGAGCGCCAGACAGAGAACGCCCGGCUCCAGACCCUCGAGGAAGACGACGCCCCGGGCACCACCACCCCCUCGACUCACUCCAAGCACGCCCAGCGCAAGGCCCACACCGACUCCGACACGGCCCGCAUCUUCCACAGAGCCGCCCGCAUCAUGCGCCAGUCCACCAUGGCCGACGGCGUUUGUUUUUUUGACACGUCUGCCGCUGGUAUCAAGGGCGGUCUCUACGACGACGGAGACUCGGAUGCUAGCAGCGACGACAGCGUUACGAACAACACCACCGACUUUGACACGGCCGACUCGGCCGCAACCACCAGACGCCGCCGCCGUCAAAAAGUCGCUUUCGCCAUAGACGCUGCUGACCAAAAAGCUGCUGCCUCGGAGGCAGACAGCAAGCCUUGCCCCGUCAUCGGUCUUUCGCUGCGCCAGAGCACGGCCAACGCAACCCAAAAAGACUUUGCCUUCAACGAAGCAGCCAUGGAACGCUACAUCCACCGUUAUCCCUUUGGCAAGUUUUUCAACUACAACGAGGACGGUGCCGGCAUCAACUCGAGCGACGAGAAGUCGGAGCGCUCCGAAACAGACCAGUCCGAUCGCACCCAAACCUCGCCCACAGGCGCCCCCAGGAGGCGGAAGCGGAGAGAGCGAUUCAUCCCUACCGAGUUCCUCAAGGUGCUGCCCAACGUCCGGACGCUCAUCUUCUUGCCCCUGUGGGACCCAUCGUCGGAGCGUUGGGUCGCAGGAGGCUUCAUCUGGACCACGCAAGCCGGGAGGCUGAUGAGCCCGGAGAACGAGCUGCCCUACCUCCAGGCCUUUGGGAACAGCAUCACAAGUGAAGUAGCACGCCUGAGCGCGCAGAAGGCGGAUCGCGCCAAGACCACCUUCAUUGCUUCCAUCUCCCACGAGCUUCGGUCGCCCCUUCACGGCAUCCUCGGGUCCGUCGAGUUCCUCCGCGACACAGUCGCCUCAGCGUACCAGGCCUCGUUGGUCUCUUCUAUUGAGACCUGUGGCAAGACGCUGCUAGACACCAUCGACCACGUCCUGGAUCAUGCAAAGAUCAACAAGCUGCGUAACACGAGCGUACGCAAGAACAAGCGGGGCGCCGAAGGCCGAACGAGGAGGCUGCCAUCCGAUAACUCGAUCCUUGGCGUCACAGCCGACUUCGACCUGGCUCAGUUGGUCGAAGAAGUCUGCGAUACCGUCUGCGCCGGACACACCUUCCGUCAAACCCACAGGACCAACGUAGUGGCAACAGACAUCCACACGGAAACCAUCGGCGUGAGCGGAGCAACAGGCGAAGACAACCCUACGGCCAAGGACGGCACACUUGUUGUUGGCAAAGACAACCGAUCUGUCGUCGUCUCGCUGAUCGUAGCGCCCUAUGUCAGCUGGGCUGUCCGCUCACAGCCCGGUGCCUUGCGCAGAAUCGUCAUGAACCUCAUCGGCAACGCUCUGAAGUAUACCGACUCUGGCUUUGUGGCUCUCAAUCUAGUCCAGUCCGGCAACACUGCGCACCACAUCAACCUGUCCCUGACGGUGGAAGACUCCGGCCGCGGCAUGUCUCCCGAGUUCCAGAAGACAAAGCUCUUCUCGCCCUUUAGCCAAGAAGAUCCAUUCGCAUCUGGCACUGGACUGGGGCUCAGCAUCGUCAAACAGAUUGUGGAAUCUCUCAAGGGCGAAAUCCACAUAACGAGCACACUGAAGGUUGGUACGAAAAUUCUUGUCACCUUGCAGCUGCCCGCCGGUCAGAGCGGGACUACAGUGCAUAACCACAACCUUUUGCACGCUCCAGAAGCUCUCAAGGGAGCUUCUGUCAGCAUCCUGUGUGAGUGUGACUCUAUUGGUGGCGAGCGCGGUAUGAAGGUCAAGGAGUCCAUGCACAACGCCUGUCAAGGCUUCAACAUGGAUAUCCUAGAUAUUUACGACCCCAACCUGUCGAACAAAAAGGUCGAUUUCCUCUUGACUGAUGCACCAUCUCUCGAUCGACUGCUCCAGGAGUCGAGUUCCAGCUGGGUCAAUGAGUCGCCCCUUACCGUGGUCUGUGUCUGCACAGACACUGCUGAGAAGAUAGCUUUGGAGAGACGACUUGGCAGACAGAUCGAUGCUCUGGGUUGGACAGCAGAGGUCCUCACUCAGCCGUGCGGCCCCCGCAAGCUCGCUCGCACGCUUCUCCAAUGUCAAAAGCGCGCCUUGAAAGCGAACAGCGAGCGCCACCUGUCCCGUUCCAUGACCACGCUUGGCCUACACCAUCACCAGACUCUCGCUCCCGGUGCUCUGACCGAGGAGCAGCGCAGCGUGAGUGACAACAUCAUCGUCCAGUCGCCGAAUGGGGAUUCCGUCAUCACUGCCUUUGGCGCGCCCUCGCCACCGCCUGUCCUUCCUUUUUCCUCGACCAUCACACCACCUCAAUCCAUCACACCUUCCUCUCCAGCGCCGAUGGACGGAAACGAGUAUUUCAACCCGCAUGUUCUACUCGUCGACGACAACGCCAUCAAUCUCAAGCUCCUCGUUGUGUUUGCGAAGCGGCAAAAGCUACGCUACUGUGAGGCGGUGAACGGGCUCGAGGCGUUCGAGACAUACAAAUCAGAAGCCUUGUCCACCUCACCGCCGACACGGCCGUUCGACUUCAUCUUGAUGGACAUCAGCAUGCCCAUCAUGGACGGUCUGACGAGCACGAGGAACAUUCGCAAGUUUGAGAAGGAACACAACCUGUCACGGAGCCACAUCGUGGCCCUGACUGGACUAGCCAGUGCGCAAGACCAGCAAGACGCACAGGAUGCCGGCGUGGAUAUGUAUCUUGUCAAGCCCGUCAAGUUUGCCGACAUCAAAAGGGUUUUCGGUGCAAGGUGA